AUUACAGCAUUUUACAUAUUCAUACUCAUAUUCAAACUGCGUUACAUACAAUUUAUAAUAACAAUAGUGAUGAAACGCGGAGGGAGCUGGAAAUGAGGAGGAUAAGGGGCGAUGUUUGAGUUUACACACAAAUGUAGUUUGACAAGAGGGAGGAAACGAGCUGUUGCAGUGCGACGGUAAAAUACAUGGAAACAUGCCUCCCCCUUUGUGUGAUUAGACGGAUGUACGCCGCUACAUAUUCAUACAUCUGCCGACAAAUACAACUUAGCAUAUUUUAUUAGUAAUCGCCGUCGUGACACUUGUUCAUGCGGAACGCUUAUAUAUUAUUUUCUGAAGGCAGUUUGAUUGAAAUGAGCAUGCUAGCUUGGUUAGCUCGGGUGCUAACGCUUGGCUUUGUGUUGAUGCACACUGGGGCUUUUUUCUCAGAGCUUUGCAUAUUCAUAUUUCACCGGCCGGGUAGUGGCCGCCACUCGUUUGUUCUUCUUUUUCUACUGAUAAUAUUCUAAACAACAAGCACGGCUUUUGUCAAACACCGUGUCAGGUUGGUGUUGCUCAGCUCGACGUGAUUUUUUUUUACGGGAGAGCAUUUUGCCUUCGGUCUUUUGUGCUCGGCGCAGGAGAGCCACAGCAGCCUGUUGUUAUUCAUGCAGGCCUCCCUCAACCAGAGUGCGGAGUUCAGCAUAUUCCACCAUCAUAAAUACCACACUAUUAUAACACACGAGUAGCGUUUGUUUGAUCUAAUGAAAGACGUUCAGUUAGCUUCAACUGAAUCCGAUACUUUCGGUUCAUUUUACAUGAUUCACUUAAUCUACAGUUUGUGCUGCUUACGAUUGUAAUAGUCUUUCUCGCCGCUCUUAGAACAGAAGUUGGAUCGAGCCUUUUAUUAAGUGAUAGCUUUCUGGCUUCGAUUUAUUUUGCCUGGCGAAUUUCAACAUAUAAUUAAUCUGUUCCUGACAAACACCGUGUGUACGUUAUUCCCCUUUUUGUGGUCGAAGUUCGUUGAGUUCAAAGCCUGUACCUGUGUAUCCCCCUCAGGCAAAGGGUGGGGUGGUGAGGCCCACUUCCGGAAGGCAACAGUAAUAACAAGCAGAAGGUUUUUUUUUCUGUUCUUAUUCUUAACUAGUUUCAUGAACAGACAAGUCCCAACACGAACAGAACAUUUUUACUACAUGUAGUUAACGUUUCUGGCUUACUCUAAACAAACCAGUCAGAUGUGGUAACAUUAGUGGAUUAUUCUAUGCAUAGAUUCGAAUAGACUUUAUUAAUCCCACAGUGAGGAAAUUCAUAUGGACUGGACAUCCCUUUAAAAAAGGCUUGGUUUGUUGCAGCUAACAAAAUAUUAGGUGGUAUGUUAUUAAAUAUACUAAUAAAUGAGAGUCAAACAAAUUUUAAACAAGAUUAAAAUAUGAUUAAAGGAGUUUUUAUUGUUCCAGAUUUAGGUGCAUGUGUCAUGAAAACACAAACAGUUUAUGUAGCUGAUUAACAAUUGUCAUUGUUGUUUUGUAAAAGUAUUUGGUGUUUUACUGACUACUCAGGAUCACAUCUGAAAGCUGCUUUUGUUUUUUCCUAAAACAUGUUCAUUCCCAAAACCUGCUUAAAUUUGUUUUUAUACAGAAGGCAAAGAUAAACUUUGACAAUUUUAAGAAAAACAUACAAAUGCAUGUACAAUUUAUAUUAUUUCAUGAGGGAAGUGUCCAAUUUUUCAAAAAUUAAGUCUUUUUGUUAGCAUCUUUCAGAUGUUAGAAUAUUUGCAGAUUUGUGUGUGGGGGGGGGGGCUGAUUUAUUACACUGAGCUUCUCAAGAAUGUGAAAUAAUUCUGUCUUCCUCAAACUGAAGCUACUUUUCUCAUUUAAUCAGUUUUACAGUUCCACCCUCAUUCUAGCCUUGUAGUUUCAUCAUGAAUAUUCAUUAAUGUAAACACAGUUGUUAUGAAUAAUGCAACACUUGCUGUAAUAAAUUCAGGACAUGCCAUCUCAAAGUACUGAGAGGACCUGCAUGCAGGCUUCACUCAGACAAGCUGCAGCUUAUUUUUUCCCCUUUUGCUUUGGAUGAAGAAAUUUUUACAUAAUCAGUUUUGUUGUUUCCUCAGGACUUAAAGAGGAAGUAAUGUCUAAAUUAACUUUUUUUUGCUGAUGAACUGUAUAAAUGUGUGUAGUAGUGUUUUAAAUGUGUGUAUUCAUUAUUUCAGCAUUUUGGUGCAUUUUCUUUAAAAAUUAAAAAUUCUGCCUAAAUACCACAGUAUAGCGCCACCUUCAGCUUAAAACAUAGAGUUUGAGUCAUUUUGAAUACACUUUAGCCAACGGCUAAAGAGUAAGAUACUACGUAAACCAGUAGAGUACUACGUAGCAGCUCUGUGUCAAAGUUAUAAAGCAUAGAGAGUCUCGGCCACGCUUUGUGGCGAGUUGGGAGUUUGAUUUGCAAGCGAGUGUAGGAGGUUAGCUGUAGUUCAGCAUUAGCAUAUAGCAUUAGCAUAUCCUAGUCUUUAGCAUAGCUUUUAGUGUUAUACAUACUUAUUUAGUGUUAGUUUGGCUGUUGGAUAUUGUAGUUUAGUUAGUGUUUGGCUGUUAGUGUAAUUAGGAAAGUAGUUCGGGUUUAGUGCUCCAUAUCGUGUUAGUAAGGUGAGACGGUGUAGUGUAGUGUGGUUGCGGUGGCUCUGUGGAGUUGGACUCCUUUCCGCUGGACUUAGAAGUUAGGCGCCAGUGGUUGCGCGCAAUCGGUGUCUGGAAAACAGUCAGCUCCCGACUGGUGCUGUAGUUUGCAACCAUUAUUUUACCCGCGAUUCUGCACGUCUCCUUUUGAAGAGAGAGGGCUGUGCCCACCGUGGCUCUUCUGCGAUUUAGAUGCAGCCCACCAACUCUGCUCCCCCACCAUGGCGGGCUCCAGUCUGAGGUGAGUAAGCUAAAUAAAAGUUGUAACAUCUUCUAAAGACAAUUCCCUACCUAAAUGCAAAGCUUGAGAGACGUGGUUCACUUAAUUUAGCUAAUAUCAGCCUGCACUGCCUUAGGGCUGAUUUGUCAAGUUCACAAAAUGUGGAACGGGAUGUAAGGCUAGAAUCAGCAGCGAAUCGGAACAUAUCUCGAAGCCCUGGCCGACGAAACGGUCCACAUGACUAUUACUGUCAGGCUCGGAGAAAAUUCGGGUUGUUUUUGUGUCAGUCGGUAAUUCUGCAACAGUGGCUCUUAACUAACGCAGCACUAGUUGACAGACAGCAUUACAGCGUGAAAUCCAGCUUGUGAACAGGUUCUGUAAGGAAUUCUGUUCAGGAGGUCGCAUUUCAGGCUCUCCACAUCAUAUGUGACUGACUUUUACGUUAUAAUGAUCACACACUAGGAAUGUUAUAAAGCGCCUUUAUAGGACAGUUUCUUUUGUAUAUUAUCUGACUUUAUAAACUCCCAACAACAAUGUGCUUCUAUUUUUUUUCAGGCUAAAUCUACCCAAGACAUUGGCUGUCAGACUGAUUUAGCUGCAAGAAUGCACUUGUCCAGGCUGACGUGAAGCCUUACCCGUAGCAAAGCCACCCAGUUUAGAGCUCACAGCUGUAGUGUGUCUUGUGACAAAAGGACCAUGACGGAAAUUCAUCUUCCAGAAGGUCCCAGAGCAGCGUCCACACCCCUGAAAAGACCAAGGUGUGAGGUGUCUGCUGUUGAUUCCAGCUUCCACCUCAGUGACAGUGCAAACUCAGUGAACUGUUCAAGGUAAAAAAACAAUUAAAACAUUUCAGAAUUUUUAAGAUAUUACCAAUUAAACAAGUAUGUGGUUACAUCAUGACGGAGGCUACUGAUUCUGUCCCCUGACGCUUGGUGGUGACGUGUGAGCUGAUUCACCUGGACACUCAGCAAAAUAUGGACUCUACACCAUGAGGCAGGCACAAGUUAAUACUUAUAAGAGCACAUAAGCAUGAGGGUGUCCUCACACACCUGUAACCUAUCAGCUCAUCUGGCAGAAUAGAGAAGAGACAACACCACGUCUCCUGUUCCUGGAAAGCCUUCAGCCAUCCUUUGGAGAACCUCCAUCAGCUCUGUCUCCUGUCUGCCUACAAUUAUUAUAAUAAAUAUUGUGUUUGACAAGUUUUUUGUGCUGCCAAAUAUCUCAUUUUGAUUCCAGUUUUUAUAUUUUAAUGGAUAUUUCUAAAUUACAUUAAUUGAAUUAUCACAUUGUUGCAUGUUUAACUGGCUCUAUUGUGAUGAAUUAAACUAGAACCUCACUGUUAAAAGCUUGUUUUAAUUUCAAGCAUGUUUAAGUAUUUAUGGACAUGAACAAAAACAGGAAAUGUAUAAAUUGAGAUUUAUUUAAUAAAUAUAACAAAUAAGGGGGAAAGAGUCAUUGAAAGGCACAUUCUUCUGGAAGCUCCUGAUCCUGACGACACCAGCAGGAGACCAGCUGCAGACACCAGAGGACCUACAACCAAGAGAGCAGCUGGUGUCAGUAAAUAAUGAAAUCAGAGCAGUUUUAGUGGGCUGAAGACAUUACAGAAUAAUUUUCUCAUGGGGUAGUUUCAUAACUUUCUAUGCAGCAGACUAACUUGAGCCCAGGGCUCCUGGAGAGCUGCUAUCCAGCAUGUUUCAUUGUUAUUCCUGCUUUAACAGGUUAGAUUAGCUGUUCAGCAACUCAGCUAUUUGUUGCUGAUUAAAACCAAGUGUGUUGAAGCAGAUAAACCUCUAAAAUAUGCUGAAUACUAGCUCUCUAGGGCCGUGGAGCUAGGGCUGCUCAAUUAAUCGAAUUUUAAUCACAAUUACGAUCUAAGUUUUGAACGAUUAUAAAAACAAAACAAGCCGAUUAUUUGCUCCUCCCACUUGCGCUGCCCUGAGUUCCAAAUGAAGCGCUCCUCCCACAGUGUUGCCAGCUUAGCGACUUUGAUGCUAUUUCUAACAGCCUUUCAGACCCCCCUUCUUGACUUUUUAAAUCUUAAAAAUACCUAGCGAACAUCUCAGAAACAUCUCUGGAGACCCUUAGCUACUUUCUGGAUAACUGUCGUUGAAAUUUCCUGCAGGUUAGCUAAACUCGCCGCCUGUGCUCCCAACCGUUCUUCAGGACAUUAGGAAAGGGAAUGAUGUAGUGAUGUGUCAGUCGCUAAAGAAACGGCUCUCAGAGCCGGCUCCCUGUAGGAUUAACCAGAGUGAGUGACACACACCGUACCUGUGAGCUCCUGGGCCGCUAAAAACGGCUAAAUGUGCACGUGCGGCGCGCAAAACACACCCGCAGCUUGCCCCUGAUUGCUAUGAGACCGGGUUGGAGGGUGGGGGGUGUAGCUGUGGUUGGGACAAUUAUUACAUUAACUGAUGGACCUGUAAAUACAUAGUUUAUAAAUAGGGUAGAAAUAAGUUCCUCACGCUGAUAACUAAUCUCUCUGAGGACACUGUGCUAGUGCACGCUCCUACAGCACCUUGACUUGACUAAAUAAAUGUUAUGCAACAUUUUGUGAACAUCAAUUUAUUUGCAUUUAUUUGUUAUAAAUGCUGCUGUAUAAUUCUUGCUGUCAGUAUUUGCAAGAUAUUGUUAUUUGGGUCUGUACUGGUUAGACUUAAAUGAGUUAAACCAAGGUCUAUAGCCCUUAGGUCAUAAACUAUGAACUAUAAGUAUAUUGGUCUUUUUAUACUGGGAAUCAGGAGUUAUUUUAGUGAUCAUCUUGUUUCUUAUUUAUUUUUGUCCUGAUUGUGCCCUGAGCAAUUUUAUGACUGAAUAAAAACAAAUAAAAUCAACAGAAAUUGACAAAUCGUCUUAAAUAAUCGAGAUCUCAAUUUCAGUCACGAAAAUCGUGAUUAUUAUUUUUGCCAUAAUCGAGCAGCCCUAUGUGGAGCCAAACCCUGCAGCUAAUCUAAUGCUAUGGCUAACGGCUACUUACCAUUCAGAGCUUGUUCUGUUGGGUCGGUUCCGGUAGUUUCAGGCAACUCACAAGCUCAAAACAAUAAGGCUCAGGUCCGCUUGUCUCCUCCAAAUAGACUUGGUCCCUUUCUUCUCGAGUGUCUGGGUAAGGAGGUGGAGAAACGGUCUCCACUUCUAAUGACUGCUCAGAGUGAAGGGAGCUAGCAUCGCCUCGUUACCCAUUGUCUUCGUCACAGCCGGUGCUCCGCCCUCUCGGUCCUCCAGGCAACGCCUACUAAUGUUGCAGUUUUUAAAAUUGAUACGUGGGUGGAGUAAGACUGAGGGGAGCAUUACCACUUCUUAAAAUAGUUUGGUUUGAGGCAUUUCUUUCUUCACUGACUAUUGCCAUGAGAAAGAAUACUCACUUUGAGGAUAGAACUAAAGGCUGCUCGAGGUUAACAUGAAGCAGGGAGACUUUCUGGAUGCACUGUAAGCUGUGUUGUUGUGAUAGUGAGCACCAUGUUGUUGCUAGUGCCUGCGGUGUUUCUGACAGAAGACCACCAGUUAACACUUUAAAGAUUAUUUGUUAAAGAUUUUUUUUUCUAUUGACCAACUAAUUCAUCUGACCUAAUGUGCAAUAAAAGCCUUAGUGGGGAAAAUGUAUAACAUUUAAAAUUAGUUCUUCAGUUGCAUGACUAGAUGGGGUUAGUUGUAUCGUUGUUUUCAGGGUAUCCGCGGGUCCUUAAAAAGUCUUAAAUUAGCUUUUCCAAAUUUAAGGUCUUAACAAUCCUUAAAAAUGACUAAUAAUCCUUAAAUACAGCUUUCAAAGGUCUUAAAUGACCAAAGACCUAAUAAACAAGAUUCUUUUAUUUCUAUAAACAUUUUCCUGAAUUUCUAGUUAGUGUUCAGCGUUUUUUGUGUAUGAUGUUGGCAAAAGCGGAACCGUACACAUUCAGUUAGUUGUGAAAGGGGGCAUUUUUAGAUGAGCACGUUAGCUGGUUAAGCUAGUGGGAGCUUGCGCCAUGGGGAAGUGCAAGUUUAAUGGUAACUGGAUGGCUAAUCCUACGUUCGCGACAUAGGUUAGCACCGGUUCCAGGCAAUAGCUGGAAAUUAUAGCUUAAAUUUAAUUUUAAAAAUAGCUUAAAUUUGGUCAAAGUGGCCUUAAAAAAGGUCUUAAAAACUCUUGAAUUUGGCUCCCGUAAACCUGCAGAUACCCUGUGUUUUACAUGCCAUAAAUAACCUGGAGUUGCAAAUGCAAAUAUCCUCUGAAUGUAAAUAUGUAGCAGUGAAUCAUGUAGCUAACCUCCACCUGUACUCAGUGGAGCUAGCUGAAUAUUUCUUCUUGUGGACCCUAAGAAAUCCCCCCUUAAUGUGGUUAGAUUAAAUUUUCUACCUAGUCUAUAGACAGUUGCCUAAUGACCACCCAGGAGAGACACUGCAGUAGCUUACAGAGGUGCGGAACACAUUACUGUUCAUCAAAUUACUCCACAUCCUGUGUUUUGCUUAUUUGUGGGCUCAGUCCAGUGUUGCAGCUGUUGCUGUCUUUUGUCAGACUGUUUCUGGUUUAAUUAACACACAUUUUAAACAUCUUAAAUAUUCACAACGAUGCUGCAUUUAGCAGAUAACCUUCAUGUUGCUGCAGCAAGAUGGUCUGUUAUGAUCAUUCAUUUAGGCAAUUAAAAACAUCUGGUUGGUAGUUAGAUGCACCCAAAUGCGGCUGAGUAGUCUGAUUGUGUUCUGCGUGUAGCAUAAAGGUGGUAGAGCUGAAUGAAGAUGUGCCCAUUAACUUUUGCUCCUUCUCACGUUGAAUCUCUCAGCUCGCAUUAGCGUCCCGGCAGCAUUCAGCCAGCCUUCCUAUAUUACAGUGCUAAUGAGAUAACGGUUUAAGAUUCUCUACGAAGAAGGAUAUUUGUGUAAUGCAUUGUUCCACAGCAAGGUUUUGCAAGCCGUUCAACCAAGGAGCUGCUGUACAUGUGUUGGAUGGAGUGUGCUGCUGAUAGCUGCCUUUGCAUCCACUUGCUCAUUAGUUUCUUAACCUCUCAGGAGCUCCUCGUGGAGAUGACGGCUUCUUCGAUUUUAAUUUUACACGUAGUCUGACAUCUAUUAACACUUAGCAAAGUGUUGCAUUGGGUGGAAAUGCAUUUGAAUAAAUGUCAGUUAGACCAAAUGUUUGUGUAAAGCUUAUACUGUAGUAGAUACUGAAGGCAUUUUUAAAUAUCACCCAAUUAAUGGAAAAUUAAAUUAUUUGGCUUUAGUUUUGUUUUCUAGUCAAAAGUAAAAUUACGUUUUAUUUUGGGAAAUAUAGAGAAAACAUUUGACCAGUAAAAAAUAUGUUGAGUGUCUAGACAUGAUGACUACAUAGGAGGAGCAAAUAACCAGCUCUAGCACUUAAGGCUUCUGUAUUUAAAAACAUUGACAUCAACAGGCUUUCUUUGGCGUUGGGUCAGCUAAUAUGCAAAUUUAUUUCAUUAGACUGUGGGAUAAGUGCACAGGUUGAUGGGAGCUUUAGUCAGGAGUUGUUGUGGAUUUAGUUGGAAAGCCCCUUCCUCAGUAGACCCUUAAAUAGCCUUGCAUUCCACUCCAGUUGCUCUGAUUCACUGGAAACCUGUGUAGCCUCCCUCCUUCAUAACUGGGCUGCAUUAGCAUUAACUGUCAGUGCAUGCUGAAAAUGAAAUUAAAAGCACCCCUAAAUGAAACACUAAUGGAAUGUAAAGCUAAUCUAAAUAUGUUAAUCCCUGAACACUUCAUAAACAUAGGCUCCAGCAGCCCGCCACCCACUUUCUGCAGUCAGUCGCUGUGGAAUGCUUUAGCCACAGGGUUCCAGCAGUAAUGACAAGCUUGUGGAGGAUUAAUGUGGAGUUAUUUUUUUUCCAAUUGAGUGACUCCCCCCUCUCCCGUCCUCCCACAUCAUACCCAAGCCCCCUGUGCUUUAAGCAGUUCGACCCGGUCUCCAUGACUCCUUGGCGGUGUUCUGGGUGAGCGGUUACAGGCGGUUUAUCAGCGCGGUUCACCCCGACCACUGCUGACAGACCUCAUGUUGCAUUUUGGAUACCUUCAGUCCUUUACCUGCUCUCUUAGCUAAUUACUUUCUGGACCUAAGCAUGCACAGUAAUUGGGCUUGUGCUGGCAUCUCCCCUCCCUGUGCUGCACCAAGUGCUAGUUUGAGCACUUUUCCCCUCUCUCUCUGUCGUCCUUAUUCCCCUGUUUUUUAUCGUCCUCCAAAAGCCAUCCAAUUAAUAUGCUAAUGAGCUAAUACAUAUUUAUAGGGGUUUAAAUUAUGCAGAAAGCUUUCAGAGUCUGGUGUGAAAUGUGUUGCUCGCAGGACUUCAAAGCCUUGCAUUGCUAACGAGGCAGGGGCAGAUUUGCAUAUGGCUUUAAUCAGCUGAAUACUGAUUAUGCUUCAUUAUAAAGUUGGAGGAGGGAGGUGGCGAUGUUGAAGGAGGCCGCCAGCUGCACUUGUCGUUUGUUUCAUUCCAGCAAGUGAGGGAGAGAGGGAACUUUUUCAGAAGUACAGGCAGUCUUGGCACACUAGAGAGAGACGGAGUGCAAAGAAGGCACAGUGCAAGAAAAAGGGGCUGAGCCAUAAGAAAAGAAAAGAGGGAGGCAAGGAGAGCUGUUUGCCUAAACCCUGUUGGCUUUCCCAGUGUUCGUAUCCCAGUGUUGUUCAGCAGACCGUGUGGUGAACACCGCCACCGUGUCUGUGUGCGCCUGUGGUUGCAUUGAACUGUGCUCACUGCUGACCAGCGGAGAGUGAAAACAGGGAGGGGUGGGAGGAAGAAGCCGGCGCUGGACAUCCUGUCGGUGGGCUUGCCCAAUCCAGGCAGCUUUACUUGACAGGUUCAGCAACCAUGCUGGAAAAUACAGGUGGAACGAGAGCGGAUGUUAAAGUAAAGUCAGAAACUAAAUGUGAAAUGGAAAUUGGUGACGGGAACCCCGGAAUCCAAACCAAUGGAUUGGACUUUCAGAGGCAGACGGUGCCAACCACAAUUGCUAAUGCACAUGCACAACUCCUCUCACAGUUGUCCCUGACCCCGCAGCAGCAACAGCUGUUGAUCCAACAGGCCCAAGCUCAGAUCCUGGCUGCAGCCGUGCAGCAGCAUUCAGCUAACCAGCAGAACAGCACCACUGGGGCCAACAUCUCUGCCACCGCAGCCACACCCAUCACCCAGCUGCCCCUGUCACAGCCCAUACAGAUUGCCCCUCAGCUUCAGCAACAGAAUCUCAGCCUACCCCAGUUUGUACUGGUUCAGCCUGGCCACCCAAUCGCCACGCCACUGCAACCCACCCAGUUUAUCAUCUCACAGAUGCCGCAGGUCCAGCAAGCCCAGAGUCUUCUAACUCAACUACCUCAAAGCCAAGCUAACCUCCAUCCGACUCAGCCAAGCAUCACUCUUGCAACUCAGCCUGCAUCUCCGUCCCGUACCACGGCAACCACAAAUAUUCAGACCCUGCCCCACAGUCAGACACCACCCAAACGCUUGGACACCCCCACCCUGGAGGAGCCCAGCGAUCUGGAGGAGCUGGAGCAGUUUGCCAAGACUUUCAAGCAGCGACGCAUCAAACUGGGCUUCACACAGGGAGACGUCGGGCUGGCCAUGGGGAAGCUGUACGGAAACGACUUCAGCCAAACUACCAUCUCUCGCUUUGAGGCCUUGAAUCUGAGCUUUAAGAAUAUGUGCAAACUCAAGCCUUUGCUGGAGAAGUGGCUUAAUGAUGCAGUUUGUGCAGAGAACCUGACUUCGGACCAGGCCUUGUCCAGCCCCAGUGCCCUAGGCUCCCCGGGCAUGGGCAUCGAGGGGAUCAACCGCCGGCGGAAGAAAAGGACCAGUAUCGAGACCAACAUUCGAGUGGCCUUAGAAAAGAGCUUUCUAGAGCAGAACCAAAAACCUACCUCUGAAGAGAUCACCAUUAUUGCUGACCAGCUCAACAUGGAGAAGGAGGUGAUUCGGGUCUGGUUCUGCAAUCGCCGACAGAAAGAGAAAAGGAUUAACCCCCCCAGCAGUGGCAGUAGUGGGGGAGGCAACACCCCCAUUAAAGCCAUCUUCACCCCCAGUAGCCCUUUGGUGGCGAGCACAGCAAGCCUUGUUAGCAGUCCAACUAUAAACACAUCCACCACUCUGACUGUAAACCCAGUGAUGCCUCUCACCAGCACCAGCGUCUCCAGCCUGUCUUUUACAGGCACAACAGUUGGAGCCACAAACACUGCAUCCGUCAUCUCCACUGCACCUGUAGUUUCUACAUCAACAAGCUCGCCGUCUCUAAGCCCAGCUGCCACAACUAUUCAGUCUACAAACAGCAAAGCUGGCAUGCAUACGAUUGUCACGCAAGCGCCGUCAUCUGUAGCUACGACUUUAGGGACGGGUCAGGUGAUGGUGGCGGCCCCGGGCCUUUCUGCGGCACUGCAGAGUGCUGCCCAGCUUCCCACCAGUGCCAGCUUUGCAGCUAUGGCCGCUGCUGCUGCUGCAGGGCUGAACCCCGGACUGAUGGCAUCACCCCAGUUCACACCAGGGGGGGCCCUUCUGAGUCUGGCUCCUGGGGGACUCGGCAGCGCCCUCAGUCCUGCUCUUAUGAGUAACAGUACUCUGGCCACCAUUCAAGCUCUGACAUCUGGCGGCACCAUUCCCAUAAUGGACGGCGGUAACCUGCUGUUCGCCAACACCUCGGCUGCUAGCGCUCCCAACCUGGUGACCACGCCGCUCUUCCUGAACCCCCAGAACCUGUCGCUGCUCACCAGUAACCCCGUCAGCCUGGUGUCAGCUGGAGCGGGUGGGCUCCAGGUCACCACAGACGCCCACCACCAAGCCACCACUGCUGCCGUGCCUGUGCAGGCCUCGACCAUCACCACUGCCUCCAAGGCUCAGUGAAGCCUCUUGGGUGGUGUCCAGAGCGGACGCCCCGUUUCCUGCGCUGAGAACUACUCCUGUAGGGAACAGGGUGGCGGUCUGACACGUGCUUCACUACCCACCCCCCUUUCUUUACAUUGUAUCUAACAUUAUUUAAUCCUUUUGCUACCACCAAAAAGUUAGCAACCUCCAAUGUAAUUGGGUUAUAAUUUUUAUUUUAAUUGAACUUUUUUCCACAAACACUGUUUUUGACCUGCCUCUUUGAGGAAAACCAUCAAACUGUCUGUAUUAAUGUACAUAUUUAUCUUCCUGUUUCCAGGUUUCUCUGAAAUACUUCUAAACAAAACCAAAAACUUUUCUCAUAACAUUCAAACUUAACAGUUUUUACUAAACUAAAUGUUCAUUAUCACUAACAGGGGUUUGUGCAUCACCCUAUCAGUUUUGUUUUUAUUCUUUUUUUGUUUUGUUUUCUUUUGUUUUGACAGGCCUUGACUUAAAUAAUAUCAGAGUUAUACUUUAGUACCUUUUCUUUAUCUUAACUGUCUAUAUUGCUUUUUAUAUAUAUUUUAAAAACUUUGUAAUUCUAAUAUUAAGUUAAGAUUUAACUAUCACUUUUUAAUCGUGGUUAUAAUGCUUUAAAAACAAGUAAUAAGUGGCCGAUAUAUAAAGGUUAUCAUUGCUUUAAGGGUCAGAGAGACCAGACGUGUCUCUCCGAGUCUCCUCUGGAAACACUGACUUGUACGUUUAGCUGUGGUGGUGAAAACGCCCUCCAGCUGGUGUUGGAUGAUGGUUUAGGAGCCGUGGAGUUUUGACACUGAUUGAAAAAGAAUUGAAACAUUGUCCAUAGUGAGCUUCCUGCCUCUGAAUAAGCCAGAUCUGGGUUCCGUUUAAAAGCUGUAUGAUAUUUAAAAUCAGAGGCAGGAAGUCGACGUUUGAUCCACAGACUUUCUGCGGUGUGUUUCUGAGAAGGGGUUAGUUUUAGAACCUGUCGUAUGGUGGCUGAAUGGGGUUAUUUUAUUGUGAUUUGUUUCCUUUUUUCUUUUUGAUAGUAGUACUGUCGUAUCUACUUGUGCACAGUAUCUGUACCAAAAAAAACAACAAAAACCAACUGGAUCGAUGAGCUGCAGUCUGCCUGUUCUGGGAGGAAUACUUUAAGAUAUACCAAAAAUAUUUGUUCAAAUAAUUGCUGUGUGUAGUCAGUGUAGCUUAGUCUAGUUGAUAUAUUUAUGAGUACAAACUCUUUGUUCUCAACAGACUAUAGAAAUGCAAUAUUUUGAUGAUCAUUUUCCAAAGAUUAGAAAUGUUUUAUUUGAUUAGACGUCUCAUUACUGAAUUUUUUAAAUUGGCAACACAACUGACCAAACAGCAAGGAUGAUCAGUGGGUUGUGAGAAAGUAGUUUUACUUUAUUAUUGUUUAAUCAUCACCACCUGGGCCUUGCCCUUCAUGCUUAAUCUGGUUUUCUGUGGGCUAUUUGACGGCUCGCUUCCUUUUCUAAUCUGUUAUGGUAGCUUUUUGUGGCGUUUUCUGAACCACAGCGGAGCAGGUUUGUUUGUUUUGUUGGUUUUUGUGCUAAUAUUCAGCCAUAAAACAACAGCUUGAAACCAAAGUGGUUUUACUCAGUAGUUGCUGUGCCUGUCUGAGCACACAAGUUGCUGUUCACACGAUUUCUACUCUCCAGAAAUAAUUUUCCUCCUCUCCCACCUCGGUUGAUACCAGAUUCCUCCCGAUUUGGUGCUGCUGGAUACGGAUCACACAAAAUGAAACUUAGCUUUAACAACUUGCUGCUGGAGCUCCUAGCAGAGCCGAGCUGUCGAGAGGCCUGCAUGCUUCCUUAUAGCUUUACCUCUACGUCCUGGUAAUUCAGGGUCGUAGUCUCGACCUCCCCAGCUGGAGGGCUCAACUCUGUAAAUGCAUAGAUCUGAUCAUCGGAGAACAUCCGUCACCUCUUCUUGUGGCGUUGAACAAUUAAGAAAACCUGCUAAACUAUACUGAGACCCCCCCCAACACACACACGCACAGAAGUAGCAUCUUACAGCAGUGAACAUUUAGUGGAUGUAAGCAGUGAAAGUUGUCCGUGUUGUUUUUAUUUUAAUUUUGACUGAAUAUACCUCAGCAGCAUUUCAACCUAAGGCUCACCUUUAGACAUUUCUGCGUAGAACCUUCUAGAAUGUACCGUCUGGCUCGCCGUUCAUAGGAACCGUACAUCACAAGGACAACCUACUACUGCUAUUCUCUAGUACUACUAUUUAUGGGGGUAUUUCCAGGUUUUAAUAUAUUAAUUUAAUGUUUUUUUUUUUUUUUUUGCUGAUCUUUCUUGCCAAAGUAAAAAGCCUUUCUCUUUGCAGCUUGUUAGACGUUUGGCUGCUGCUGGUUCUGAUCUGCCCACGGGGGCCUUCCAGGGGCCCCAGAGCGCUCGGUCCUGGUCCAGUUAGCUUCGUUAGCUUUCUAGCACGUGGAACCAGUUAGCACCAUAGGAUGUUACUGAAAUAUUUAUCUGAGGAAAGACUUAAGAAUUAGAGAAAAGAUCUUUUCUUGAUUCUAUAAAUAUAUAUAUAAACACCUGUAAGAUGUUCAUAUUUUAUAUUUGAACUAGUAUGCUAUCAAGACUGAAUGUAGUGUUUAUCAUGCUAACUCAAAAAUAUUUCCCCUUGAUCUUUUAUUUUUCUUUAAACUGACCAAAAAUAUAAGAGGAAAUCACCCCAGCUGGGAGCGAGUGGCUCUUAUCUGACACUCCUGUGGUUGAUAGGAGUAUUUGGUUGCUUUUUCAUAAUUAUAAUUUUCUUUUGAGUUGUUAUUGUGGACUUGAGUUGCUGUGUCGUCUUUAACAAUCAUUUAUUUUAACUUUAUGCCUUGUAAUUGUUUUGGAUGGUGUGAAAGGACAAGAUCACUGGCUUUCUUAGUUGAACAGAGAAGAUUAACGUUAUCAUUUAUGCCUUAUUGUUACUUAGAAGACAUCAGCAUUGUAGCAUUAUGUUGUGUGUGUGUGUGUGUGUGUGUGUGUGUGUGUGUGUGUGUGUGUGUGUGUGUGUGUGUGUGUGUGUGUGUGUGUGUGUGUGUGUGUGUGUGUGUGUGUGUGUGUGUGUGUGUGUGUGUGAGAGAGAGAGCUCAACCAGUGCAUUGUCUUUCACUGAAACAAUACAAUGUACUCUGGGUGUUUUAGAGAGUUUAAUGAUCACCUGUUUUUUUAGGUUUGUGCAGGUUGGAAAUACCUGAGAGGAAAGCUUUAUUAAUAAUUCCAGCAGAUGGGUGUGAGUGCGUUCUUUUGAGGGGAGGACAAAAGGUGUCUGCAAACUUUAAUGGUGCAUUUUCCCCCAUCUUCCAGCAGAUAUGAAGAGCGGCUUUUGUUUUUUCUCUAAGAAAAGUUUGACAAUAGAGUACUUAUUUUUGUUGUCUGGGUUCCGCUACUGAAUAACCAAAGGCUUUUAGCAAGUUGUUGCCAAGCCAGCUCUGGGUUUGCUUUUCUAAAUCUGCAGUCGGCUUAAAUGGUUGUGGGCUGUUUUCUUGGCAAUUACUUGGCUUUUAGUGCUUCACUGUCAUUAGGUGAGGGCAGUUUUUAAGAUGUUCUUGUGGAUCAGCCAGGCACGUUGGCGUACGUUGGCCCACCACACUGGUUUGCUGGUUUUAUAGUGUCGGAAAAAGGACGUGGAGCUCCAGUUAGACGAAAGAAACUGUUGUUUACCUCAUUUCUAACUCGAGACUGAGUGAAACCUGCUUUAAUCUACUUAUGAAACAAGGAAAAUGUUUUUUUAAAUAAAUGAAUAAACUACAAGAAUACUCACUUGUCAGUGGAGAAACCUGCUCAUACCUGUACUUCAUGAGUUCUGCCACAAGGUGGCGACAGAUUACACAGUGAUUAUGAAUGUCUGCUCUUUAUUUAAUAACUUUGUGUACUUAUGCUGCACAGUUUUUUAAGCAUUAAGCAAAUGAUUUUUGUUGAUGAACUUUUAUCCUAACCUGCAACUUAAGUUACUUUCUAACCCCUCGUUAUGUUGGAAAGCUUCUUUUUAAGUUUGACAAUCUUGUUUAAUUUUAAACUUCCGUCUGACCUAGUACAGGUAUGUGCAUGUCUCCCCACGUGACCGUGCACCGUCACAGCCCCCUGCUCUCGGCUUCCUGUGGUACCAACGUUAACCAAAGACUUUUAACCUGAUUGUAUACUGAACAACACCAACGUCUCGCCCGUCCCCGCCUCACUGCCGGCUGCACGCUCUCAGUUGGUCUGUAAGAGUUACAUUUUUUGUCCACGUGAAUGUGUGUCCUGUCGGUGCAGCGGUUUCAGUGCCUGUGGGCGGGGAUCAGAGGGGGGGUUUGUGGGACCGAAGUAGGCUUCUGUGGCGGGCACCAUCCAAUGUGGUGAUCGCUGGGUGACGUUUGUUAAUACACACUGAGGGUUUAUCCUGUGCACACUGUACCUGCUCAGGACUUUGUAUGUUGUUGUCUUGAGCUCUGUUGCUUCCUCCUCCCAUCUUCUCUUCCUAUUCCUCUCUCUUAAGGACUGUGGUGAGAAUUUCUGUUUCUUUCUCAUCAUCUCGUACACUGUAGUCCCAGGACGCCUCUCCACCCUCCCUCCUCCCUCUUCCUCCGACAUCGUCUCUUCUGUACAGACUCGGAUCAGCUGUGACACUAUGCAUCAUGGUCCUUCACUCUGCAUGGACUGUGUCCCUCGGGCUCAGACCCGAUGGGCUUCAGUGACACUUUGUGUAAUGCUUUACUCCAGGUGAGGUUCUAGGACCUCACAAGCGCUCUAUCCCAAAGCAAAAACCCAAAUAUUUAACUUUUGACAAAUGCAGAUACCAAAGAAAUCUCUGUCCUGUGUGUCUCCUCUCUCUCCUGCCCUGCAGCAUGUGUAUUAAAGACAAACCCAGCACUGGCUUUAGUCCCAGCCUCAGUAAUUCCAAAGCUUAGAUGUAUAUUUUGGUAUAUUUCUGAGAAAAAACGUAUGUGAAAAGCAUCUUUCUUAUUUUCCUCUCUUGUUUGAUUGUUGUAACCGUUUUUCUGUCACAGCAUGGAACUAACUGCAGAGCUGUCUUACUCUUGGUAGGUUGAAGAUUAGUAUUUUUGUAUGUUUUUGGGUGUGUUAUGUGUGUGAUUAUCAGUUCACUGCCCAAGUGACCGUGGCUUUCAGUAAAAUAAAUAAAAACAAACAGGAAAAAAAAUAAUGCCAGCCAUGUACAUACUCUGUCGCUGUAACUCAACAAAUGCUUUCUGUACAAACAUUUCACAUGGGGAGCUUGGGCUUAUCUAAAGGAAUGUUUGUUUUAUUUCCUGUUUUUAUUCUUUCUUACUCUGCAGUCUGAUAUAAAAACGUUCCAGGACUCUAAUGUAAAGAGUUUUGGUUUUCACCACGAACACUGAGAGGGGCGCUGCUCUGAUCUGAUUACAUAAUAAAAUAAAAAUCAUUAAAAAAUAAAGACCUCCAGUCAUGGUGGUGUAGUAAUGCGAUUGUGUAGGAGUUUUAAGUAUGUGAAUCAGGAUACAUGGUAGAUUUUGAAGCAUUUGUCUGCUGUAUUUUUGUUUUUGUUUUUAUACACAUACAAAGAUAAUCUUUUACUGUAACUGUACAGUUCCUUUUUGUUGUAAAACAUCAUUAAACCAUUUUCCAAACAUUGUGA